AAUAUGUACAUACUUGUAAUUUGAUUGACAAGUUUGGAGAUACAUAACACAUUUGAUACCUGAUAUCUUUUCUGAAGAUAAAUAAUAAGACGACGUAAAUCUACUUUUAGACGCACUAAAGAAGAUGACAAUGUUUCUCUUCAGUUGUCAAGCGUGCAACACGAAAGUUCCUGAGAAAUUGAUUACAAGAGGAACUAUAGGAUAACUAACCGUUUAACCUCACAUAAGAACAGCUGAUCUAAAACGCCGACAGCUGCAGUAAAUUUAAACUUUACGCCUAAAAUGAAUAGCGAAGAUAUAAAAACAAUAAUUAAAACCGCAACAGAACCAGUUGUAUUCAAUAACUUAUUAAAAUGGCAACUUCUUGACUGGGACAUAUCAAAAUGGAAAGAAUGUUUAGGAAAUACUAAACUUCAGUUUAGAUUGGGUUCUAAAAAAUAUUCCAAAGAACCUCAAUGGGAAAAAACUUGUGAAAUAGUCAAAGGCACAUUUGAAGAUUUUCUCAACUUUAAUGAGGAAAACAAAUGGUUAUACUUUGACUAUAAAUAUUUAAAUCAAUGGUUUAUUGAUAAGUUUGACCUGAGAAAUGAAAUUAGUUGGGAAAACUAUGGAUAUAGUGAUAUGAAAGCUGAAGACAGCACAAUUUGGAUUGGUUCUGAGGGAGCACAUACUCCAUGUCAUGUUGAUACCUAUGGAUUUAAUUUAGUUGCUCAACUUACUGGCAGGAAAUUGUGGCUUUUGUUUCCUCCCAACACUGACCUGAAACCAACAAGAAUUCCUUAUGAAGAAUCAACUGUAUAUUCGUCAAUAAAUUUUUAUUGUCCAUCAGAAACAAUGAAUGACUAUUUAUCAAAUACCAAUUGUAAGAAAAUCAUCUUAGAACCAGGCCAAGUAUUAUUUGUUCCUAAUGGUUGGUGGCACUAUGUUGAGAAUUUAGAAUUAUCAAUUAGUAUAAACACAUGGAUUCCAAUUGAUAAAGAUCACAAAAAGCGAAUUUUUGAAGCUAUAACAUUAAGUAUGGUUAAAUCACUGACUAGUUGUCUUAAAAAUGAUGAGCAGGAUGUGCUAAUUAAUAAUGCACAAGAUUUAAGGGAACUAUCCACUUUUGAUACUUUAAACCUAAUUGAAAGCGCCAUUACAAGUUGUAAGUCUGGUAAACCUGAAUUAAACACUACUGACACAACUUACCCCAAUAAUAAAGCAACUACAAUAGAACAUAGUAAUUAUGUACAAUCACUGUCUAAUUUGAAUGGUGAACAAUUACACACGUUCCUAAAACAACAAACCAGCCGGUUCUCUGAUAAUGAAUCAACUGAAGAAAAAAAUUCUAUUAAAAACAAACCAAAUGUAUCUCUAGUAAAAAAAUAUUUAUCAGUACUAACAGAUCCAGAGGUUAUCGAGUUGAUUGAGCGGAAAUUAACGUGCACAAGCUAGUGCUAAUGAUAUUUAUUACAAUAAUAAUCAUUUUAACGUCAUAUAAAAAUACACAUGUUAUUUUGUUAAGUUAUACAAGAAUAAACUUCUCAUAAUAAGAUUGAUAUAGAUUGCGCUCCACCACAUACAGAAUAGUUUGAUUAAAAAGUUUACAAACACGAUCUGCAUUUGAAAACAACGUAAUAGUUGUAAUAAUGUCAUGCGAUAAUAAUUAAACGCAAUACGAACUUAAAUUGGCAGGAAUCAAUGUCACAAAUAUAUAAAAAACAACAUCAAAUGGAUACAAAUCCAUUCGCAAUAUGUAAUAAUCAUCCAGUACAACAUCGCGACCUUCAAUUUUGUACUGACUAUCAUCAAAGUAACAACACUAUUAAAACUUAAUAGAAUAAAUACUGAUUACAACAAUUAUUAAUUACAAAAAAUAGCUAUUACUGUACAAUCGUUUCUUUCUGGGUAAUUGAAUGUGUAUUGUUGUAAAAAUAAUAAAUGGACUUCAUAUCUCA